AUGUGUGAUAAAACUGAAGUGUUAAGUCAUCUACUUCAAAAGGGUUUUCCAAGAAAGUACACAUUUUGGUACAUGCAUGGGGAAAAACAUAUUCAAUCCAAUGUUGAAGAAGCACAAGCACACGAAGACCCAAUUAGACAAUAUCCAAUGCAAGAUAUGUUAAAUGAUGUUUUUGGUGUCUUUGAUGAUCAUGGAAUUGAAGAUUCUGACAUAUCAAAUCUACCAAAUGGCGACCACACGGGGGGUACAAAAGAUGCAAGUAAAGAAGAGUUAGAAAAAAUUAGAGAGUUAUUAAGGGAUGGGAAUCAAGAACUCUAUAAUGGUUGUACAAAAUAUAGCAAAUUGUCAUUCAUUGUUCGGUUGUAUCAUAUAAAAGUCUUAUGUGGUGCAACUGAUAAAACAUUUUCUUUGAUUAUUGAACUUUUAAAUGAUGUUUUUCCCCAUGCUAAAUUGCCAACAUCUUUCUAUGAGGCAAAAAAGAUGAUUAAAAGGUUGGGUCUAAGCUAUGAUAAGAUUCAUGCAUGUCCAAAAAAUUGCAUGUUAUUUUGGGGUUCACCUGAGGCUGAGAAGAUGGAUAAAUGCGAGAAGUGCAACACAUCCAGAUGGGAAUCAAAUGAAAAUGAUGGUGGUGCAAAUAAUAUGAUGGACGGCCCAAAGAAGAAAAAAACAAAACCAGCAAAAGUAUUGCGAUACUUUCCCCUUAUACCUAGAUUGUUGAGACUAUACAUGUGCUCUAAAACUGCAGAGCAGUUGAAAUGGCAUGCUACGGGGGUAAACCCAUAUGGGUUAUUAAGGCAUCCUAGAGAUAGUAAAGCCUGGAAGGAAUUUGACUUAUUGUAUCCGGAUUUCGCUACAGAGCCGCGUAAUUUACGAAUUGCAUUAGCUACCGAUGGUUUCAAUCCAUUUGGAACUUUAAGUUCCAAUAAUAGCAUUUGGCCAGUGAUGUUGUAUAUUUAUAACUAUCCUCCAUGGUGUUGUAUGAAGCAAACUUCUCUUAUCAUGUCAAUGAUAAUUCCUGGUCCUAAGAUGUCUGGCAAUAAUAUUGAUGUUUACCUGCAGCCCCUAGUUGCAGAAUUACAAAAAUUAUGGAUUGGUGUAGAUGCUUAUGAUUCCUCUACUGAUGAAAUGUUUCAAAUGCGUGCUUCAUUGUUUUGUACUAUAAGUGACUUUCCAGGUCUUGACAACUUAUCUGGGUGGAAUACACAUACAUUGCUUGCUUGUCCAUCAUGUAAUUUUAACACAGAAUCUAAAAGGCUGAAGUUUGGUAGAAAAAAUUGUUUUAUGGGGCAUCGUCGGUAUUUGUCACCUGAUCACAAGUAUAGGUACAACAAACAUUCCUUUGAUGGUUCUACUGAACUUAGGCCUGCGCCUAUUCCACCAUCAGGUUCAGACAUGUUAAGACAAAUUGAGGUGAGUCAAAAAAGGGCUGAGGAUGAAGGUACAAGUGAGAUUGGCCCACAACAAUGGAAGAAAAAGAGUAUCUUUUGGGAUCUACCUUAUUGGGAGCAUAACCUCAUUCGUUAUUGCCUUGAUAUGAUUCAUAUAGAAACAAAUGUUUGUGACAAUAUAUUGUUCACAGUGCUUGAUGACAAAAGGAGAACAAAAGAUAAUUUUCAAGCUCGUAAAGACUUACAGGAAAUGGGAAUUAGAGAAACGCUUCAUCCAUAUCCUAAUUCCUCUAAGUUUCCUCCAUCAUGCUUUAAAAUGAAGAAUUUGGAGAAAGAUAUCUUCCUAAAAUUUCUAAAGAAUGUGAUUUUUCCUGAUAAUUACUCAUCAAACAUUUCUAGAUGCAUUGACAUUAAGAAACGCAAGAUCUCUGGUUUAAAGAGUCAUGAUUCACACAUUCUGGUGGAGCAUCUUUUGCCAAUUGCCUUAAGAAGAACUCUUCCUAAAGAAGUUACUUCUGUUUUGAUUGAGCUAUGUAACUACUUUAGAGAAGUAUCAAGCAAAGUUUUAGAUGUCAAGUAUUUAGAGAAACUGCAACAACGAAUUGCUUUGACCCUUUGCCACAUGGAGAUGAUAUUCCCUCCAUCCUUUUUCACCAUUAUGGUUCAUUUGGUUAUUCAUCUUGGAGAGCAAGCAAUGAUUGCUGGUCCAGUACAAUACAGAUGGAUGUACCCUAUUGAAAGGACCCUCGGCCAUUUAAAAUCAUAUGUUCGUAACAAAGCCACACCAGAAGGUUGUAUAGCUGAAGGGUACUUAAUGGAGGAAUGUCUCACUUUUUGUUCAAGAUAUUUAGAUGAUGGUGACACUGAAACGAGGUUUAAUCGGCCAAGACACAAUAAUGAUGACAAUGAACUUAAUGCUAGUAGUGAAUCAACUAUUUUGUUGAAUUUAUUUCCUACAUCAGGCAGACCUGUUGGUGCUAUCAAGGUUAUUUCCCUACAACCCUUGGAGAAGAUGCAAGCUCACCGCUAUGUCUUAACUAAUUGUGAACUAGUUGAUACAUUUCGCGAGAAGUGUAGAGCUGAGGUUACAAAGAUGCAUCGUGGCAAAAAAAACACCUCCAAAAUUGUGGAAGAUUAUAUGCACAAUCAGUUUCACGAGUGGUUUAAAGAAUAUGUUGCAAGAAAGGAUGAUCCCGCUAUUCUGACUGAAAUUGAAUGGCUUGCAAAAGGGCCAAAUAAUAUUGCAAGGAGAUUUAAUGGGUAUAAUAUUCAUGGUUUUAAGUUUCGUACAGAGAGGAAGGAGCAAGGAUUGAGUACACAGAAUAGUGGGGUUGUUAUGUCUGCCAUUACUAAAAGAUUUUCAAGUGGUAAGGAACCUAUUGAAAGAUCAAUUGAUGUUAUGUACUAUGGGAAAUUGGUUGAUAUUAUAGAGUUAGAUUACUAUGGCAAGUUAAGGGUUGUUCUAUUCAAAUGUAUUUGGGUAGACACUACACCUAACAAGGGAGUCAAGAUAGAUGAAUUUGGGAUAACAAGUGUAAACUUUUCUCGCAUGAUACACACAGGUGCACAUGAAACAGAUGAACCAUUUAUCCUUGCAGCUGAUGCUAGAAUGGUAUAUUAUGUUGAUGAUCCAAUUGAUCAAGAUUGGUGUUGUGUUUGUCAUGUGAAACCUCGAGACAUAUAUGAUAUGGGAGAUGUGAACUUAAUGGACUUGGAAGAGCCAUUGAUGGAGGACAUACCUUUCUGUGAGCAACAUUUGGAGAGUAUUGAAGAAUUACAAUUAGUUCGGGAUGAUGUCAAUGAACAAGAGCAAAAUGAACCAAAUUAUGAUGAAGAUCAUAAUAGUUGUAGUGAUGGAGAUGUAGGAAGAAUGUUAGACUAG